CAUCUCCCCAUAAUAAAAAUAAGAGAAUCGGACAUCGGUGGCCAUCAACAAGCGCAAGAAGGUCUGCAACGAGAAGAGGAAUGAAUGUCACGGUCCCGCAGGGAGAGAGUACAACACAACUACUAAUGUAGGCAUUAGCCACCGGAUCGGGAGAACAAAAUACUAUUCUGAGUGGUUUUUUGGAUCUGUUGCGAGAGCAGCAGACGCAACAAGAACGCGGAGAACAACAUAAACGAUAUUUUAUUUUCGUGGUGUUUAUAUAUCUACAUCUUCCUUUCUAUACAAGCAGUUCAAGCAGAGAAUGGAAUCAUAAGAACAUCCACCAAGAGCUGUUAGUUGGUUGAGAGUGUUCUGUAUAAACCAGGAGGGAUACGCAUAGCGUUUUGCUACUAAAACACUUGUGAAGAAGAAGUGGCAAUUCGGAAUAGAGAUUUUUAGUUGGAGCCGGAGCGUGCGAAAAGCGGAAUGUGUUUGUGAGAUAAAAUUUGGCGUAAUUUGGACGUGCAGAUAAUAUCUACUAAGAUUAGUUUCUAUUAGUGCAUCCGGCAACGCGAUUUCCAGUGUUAGUAUUUAUAAUUAGUAACAUAUCAGCAAGAAGAAUGUUUGUCGCCAUCAAAUCCUCCUGUGCCAAUCCGAAAAACCUGUUUUGCUUUGUGUGCGGCAGCUACACACCGUCGCACCACAAGAGAUCAAUCAUGAACAUCCCAGUCGUGGAGGCGUACGAGGCAUACUUCACCACCCGAACGCUCAAAGACAACUACGUCCAUGGUCCGGCUUCGGUGUGCAAUGAUUGUCAUCAGGGUCUGCUGCGGUGGAUGAACGGUCAAUAUCCGAGGCCGCCGCUUCCCUUUUCCGUGCCGAUGAUAUGGAAUGCACCGAGCAAUCACACCAACGAUUGCUACUUCUGUCUCACUAAGACGGCCGGGGAAGGAAAGAACAAAGUUGCACUCUAUCCCGGCAGCAUCCCGUCGGCGAUGCGACCUAUCCCGUGCGAAAUGGAUCCCAUAACACCGCUUGUUCCGACCUCUUGCUCUCCGCCAAUGGUCACCAAGAAAACUGUCAAUCAAAUAGACGUUCAAAAAGCGCCAGCUCCCCCCAACUGGACGGUGAGCGUUAAGAAAGUUAAGCUGGACCACACUCAACCGCAGCCACAGAUCCCAACUAUCCCUCUGGAGCCACCGCCGGCACUACCGAAACCGGUCCAACUCCCUCAGCUUAAUGAUCAAUUCAUGCAGUCCAAACAGAAAAUUAAGUCGCUUCCAACGGUGCAACCACCGUUUUCGGUAAAACAGCAGCGAAAGGUUAAAAUUCGAUCCCCUGCCCAGCUGCAGGAACAACAGGAAGAGUUGCGGACGCCGCCCCAGCAACCAAGGAUGGCCCAGAUCAACAACUACCAGUACAAUAUGUCAAGCCCUAAUAUCAUGCGUACGCCGCCCAGUCAGAUUGGGACUAACCGUCCGCUAGUGGAUCCUCGUUCGUAUUGUCAACCGAUUCUACCGAUUGCCACUGCUCUUCCGAUCGAACCGAUCGUAAUCGAAAUUGACGAUGACGAACCCGAAGAACGGAGUAAACCCAUCACCGUGACCUCACCAUCCAGCCGGACGACAAGUGGUGCUCCCAUCCGUCGGACUGGGGCGCCAUGCUCAUCGAAAAUCCAACCGGCUGCCAAACUGAUGGCGGUACCAGUUUCAUCCCUCCUUCAACAUCAGCAGAACACUGUGUCGGCCAAUGUGGUUUCAAGUACCAGUACCAUCCCCUCGCACAAUGGACCACACCUGCUGACGGACGUCGACCUAAUUUCGUUGAUAAGUGACCUCGGGCUGCCAAAGGACCGUGCUCGACUGCUGAUCGAUCGGUUGCGCGCGCGAAACCUGAUAGACAGUCGAUCCGUACUCAGCGACGUAGACCGAAUCCAAGAGGCGCUCACCAACACGAUUGCUGCACUUUACUAAGAACGACUGUGCUAAUUACCAGUACCACCUACCUUUAUCAUAUCUGAGACAACUUUGAACAAAAGGCUGAAAGCGUAAAUACGUGCGAAACUGAAUUCCUAUCCUCUGCACUGUGCUGCCUAGUCCGCGGAACGGACUACGCACGAACUGUAUUAUUACCUUUAUUUUAUGUGGUAUUAUUGAAGUGAACUGAUCUGAGAAUGUACUUAGUUUUUAGUUUGAAUUGCUACAGAUGAUGUGCCAUGGGCCACUGCGAAGGCGUGGGCGCAUUUUACUUUUUGAUAAUAAAUGCUACUGAUAUCAUUCCAAAC